CCUGUAGUGUUUGUUACGAUUUUUUAAAUUUGAAUUUUUGAAGAAGUACGAUGUCUGGACGUGGAAAAGGUGGUAAAGUAAAGGGAAAGGCAAAGUCGCGGUCGAAUAGAGCUGGAUUACAAUUUCCAGUUGGCCGUAUCCAUCGUCUUUUAAGGAAAGGUAAUUAUGCUGAACGCGUUGGAGCCGGAGCGCCAGUUUAUUUGGCAGCAGUGAUGGAAUAUUUAGCUGCUGAAGUUCUCGAGUUGGCCGGAAAUGCUGCUCGUGAUAACAAAAAGACAAGAAUUAUUCCGAGACAUUUACAAUUGGCGAUUCGAAAUGACGAAGAAUUAAAUAAAUUGUUGUCUGGAGUGACUAUUGCUCAGGGUGGUGUCCUGCCAAAUAUACAGGCAGUUUUGCUUCCAAAGAAAACUGAAAAGAAAACAUAAUUAAAAAUCUAUGAGCUUAAAACGGCCCUUUUGAGGGCCAC